AUGGUGCAGCAGGGAGUUAUCACGUGCUAUUUUCCCUGCCCAAGUCCCGGUAAGAUUCAGGAAAUCCACGAUGCAGCUCUCACCUCCAAGAACUGGCUUAGCCCAUCCUUUGGGAACGCGAGCAUCUCCAUUCGACCCUACUUCGGUGAAACAAUUGCCUUCUACUUCAAGUUCGUGGCACACCUUGCGCAGUCCAUGCUGGUUCCUGGCUUUGCCGGUGUGGUUUUCUUUGUCCUGAGAAUGGCUGGGGUGAUCCAACAAAGAGAAAUUGGAUCGGUCAGGACAGGAUUCUGCCUGCUCUUUUCCAUUUGGGCUGCGACGCUCCUCCAGCUCUUCGCAAGACACACUUCCCGGACCAAGCAAUUCUGGGGUGUGGAGGAGAGCGAAACGUUCCAGCAGAUAAACAAAGACUGGGAUCCCGAGAGAACCGGCGAGAGAGCCAAAAUGGUGGUCAACUUCGCAACGGUGGGAUACGUUGCAGCGUACGUGGGUGGAAUCACCGCACUCCUGACCUGGCAGUACAACCUCCCGACCGGCUCGUGGCUCGCGAGCGUCUCUUCGCUAAUGCUGACCUUGGUUAUCAAGGGCGGAAAUUUCUUAUGGUCCGUCUUGGCACCGAUGCUCGUCAAGAUUGAAAACCAUCGAACUGAAGCCGAGGAGGAGGAGAAGCUUUCGGCGCUGCUUGCUGGAGUCAAGCUCUUUGUCGCCAAUUUCCCGUUCUUCUCGCACUGCUUCUUGACCAACGCAUUGCAGGCCGAGUGUGGGGCAACCUUUGAGGAAGCCGCCUCACAGGCUUUCCCGGGCUUCAACAAAGCCUUACUGAGCAAUGAGACGCUUCAAGCUCUGCAGGGCUUUUCCUGGAAGAAGCCUGACAAGGUCUGCAUUGGUGGCUGUGUCCCCCACGACUACACCACGGCGAGCCUCUACAGCGAGACCAACUGCGAUGCUGACGUGAUAUCCAACCUGACCACCUUCUUUGUUUUCGCGAUUAUCACAGAAAUUGCCCUUCUUAUCUUGCCGAUCAUCCUGUCAUACCUAGAAAUUGCCAAGGAGUAUGCAAAGAUGCAGAAGGACUCCGACAGCGAAGAUGGUCAGGAUGUGAAGCCGUACAGCUUCCUGCAGUGGGAGGCUAAGAAGUUCCCUUAUGAGUUUGGCUCUUGGGGCGGGGACAAGGUGAAUGAUUUCCUGGACAUGGCGAUCAACUACUCCAUCGUAGCCUGCUGGGGCGUAAUUUAUCCCCCCAUGGCCGCCAUUGCGGCUAUUGCUUUGUUCAUCCUGCUGCGGUUGCGCGUCUACCGGAGUCUGUAUGUCACCCGGAGGCCCUUGCCCAGGGCCAGUGCCGGCCUAGGAAUUUGGAGGACCAUUUUCCAGUGCAUCAACAUGACGGCAGUCGCCUGCAAUGUCGGCUUGGCUGCCCUGUUCUUCUAUCCAAUGCGUACGAGGGAGUUUGGCAUCCAGCUGAUGUUCUUCUUGGUUUUCGAGCAUGCGAUCCUCAUCCUCCAGGCCACUGUGAAGUUCCUCAUUUCGGACUCCCCGGUGGAUGUCACCAACAUCGGGCACUACAACGAGUAUGUUAAGAAGACAAUGAAGAAGAAGAUGGCGAAUGACGUCUAUCCUACGCAAACUUCCUUGCGUCAUGUCGAUGUAUCACUAAACCCAGACAACAUCGAAAGUGAGGUGGAGAGCGACUCCUCCUGA